AUGCUUGAAAGGGCUAUUGACGACGCUCUCAAGGAGAAUCCAAAACUGCAAAAAAAGUAUGGUCGGCCAGACCCAAGUAGCGACACGCUAUAUGAGUCCGACAUCACACAUCCUGAAAACAACCCAAAUAAUUGUGCGGCAAUAUGCGGUGAUGAUCCACCCAGGCUGAUAUUGCGACGCACAAGGGCUGAUUACGACGACAAUCCAAAAGUUCACCAUGGACUUGUUGCUUUAGGAAACCAGUUGAUGAUGGACGCUUCGAUUCGCGAUCUGCUCGCAGCAGAAAAGAAUGUUCUUUGUUUCGAGAUGGAAGCAGCAGGGUUGAUGAACCGGUUUCCCUGCUUGAUUAUCAGGGGUAUCUGCGAUUACUCUGACACGCACAAGAACAAAGUUUGGCAGGGAUAUGCCGCUGUGGUAGUAGCUGCAUACGCAAAACAUCUUCUCUUAGAAAUUCCUCCCAGCCAGGUUGAGAAUGAAAGGAGACUCGGCGAGCUUCUUUCAGGAGCACAUGACACCCUCACAAUAAUCGGGGCAAAGGUUGACACGUUGAAAUCCCCCUCCGACCAUAAAGCAGACCUAGAGAUUCUGAACUGGCUAUCCACAUUUGACUACGGUUCUCAACACAGCGAUAACUUGGAGAAAAGAGCACCAAACACUGGUCAAUGGCUUCUCGCCUCAGAAGAAUACCACGCCUGGCUCACCGGAGACAAUGCCACUUUGUUUUGCCCGGGCAUCCCUGGAGCAGGAAAGACGACACUUGCAUCGAUUUUGAUCGAAGAUCUAGGAAAGAGACGAGAAAUGAACUCAAAUUCCAUUGUUGGGAUCGCGUUCAUCUAUUUUUAUCACAAACGACAAAGUCAGCAGACACUCAAUGAGUUGAUGGCAAGCCUAUUGAAGCAACUUGCUCAAGGACAGUUUCCGUUGCCCCAAGCUGUGCGAGCACUGUAUGAACGACACCAAACCCAACAGACUAGACCAACGCUCGAAAAAUACAUUGCAACACUCCGAUAUGUGAUAGCAAUGCAUACCAGGGUAUUUGUCGUCAUUGAUGCACUUGAUGAGUGCCAGGUAUCUGAUAACUGUCGAGCACGCUUUCUUUCAAAAAUCACCGAACUUCAGCAGGAAUCUGGAGUCAACAUUUUCGUAACGUCAAGACCAUUACCUGAGAUUACAAGAGAUCUCAAGGAUGGCAUUUCAUUAGAUAUUCGUGCUCAUGAAGAGGAUGUACGAAGAUACUUGGACAGCGAGUUGUUGGUAAUAAAAAGAUUCCUGAGAGGCAAUCUUGCCCUACAAGAAGAGAUCAAAACCGGGAUUAUCAUUUCCGUAGAUGGAAUGUUCUUACUUGCAAAACUCUAUAUUGACUCCUUAGUUGAUGCAAUGACUCCGAAGGCCAUAAGAGCUAAGUUACGUCAAUUUGAAAUCAGGGCGAAGGCGAACCAACAUCCAUACGAAGAUACAUACGACGAUGCAAUGAAGAGAAUUAAGGGUCAGAAAGCCGAAAGUAGAGAGGCAGCCACGCAAGUUCUACUGUGGAUUACCUGCGUCAAAAGACGUCUUACGAUAGACGAACUUCUAGAAGCUCUGGCGGUAGAAGAAGACGCUCCAGAAAUCGAUCCACAGAGCGUGAUGAAUAUCGAAGACGUGCUGACCGUAUGUGCCGGUUUGGUCAUCGUUGAUACGGAGAGUGCUAUCAUCCGACUAGUCCACCACACCGCGGAAGAGUACUUCGAAUCAAGGAAAACUACACUGUUUCCGAAUUGCGAGGACCAAAUACUGGAGACAUGCGUCACAUAUCUUUCAUUUACUGCGUUUGAGGAAGGAUGUUGCGAAACGAAUGAGGAGUUUGAGGAUCGGUUGGAGUUCUAUCCGUUUUACGACUAUUCCUCGCAUAACUGGGCACACCAUGCCCGGGAGUCGAAGAAACUCAGCAGUAAAGUUUUGGACUUCGUAAAGAGCGAGGGAAAAGUGCAGGCUGCUGUUCAGUCAUUGUGGGCAUUCAACGGUUUCCGUCAACCUCUGCGGUACAGCCAGGUGUUUCCGAAAGGAAUGAAUGGGUUGCAUCUGGCGGCAUGCCUUGGAGUUGGAGAAAUAGUCACGGCUCUACUUGAAACCUACGAUACCAAUACUACGGACGAUUACGGAGGCACGCCGUUGUUAUAUGCAGCAGCCAACGGGCAUGUAGCUGUGUUACUGUUACUUGUCGAUGGUGUCGAUCCAGACUCUGCGCUAUCACCGGUUCACUAUUGGUGGAGUGGUCGGGCCCCGCUGUCUUUUGCCGCCGAAAAUGGGCACGAGGAGGUAGUUGAGAUACUGCUUGAGAGGAAUGACAUUGAUGUCAAUUCUGGAGUCAUUCAUAAAGAAGGCCUUGAAAUUACCUGUCCUACACCGCUCUGGCAUGCGGCGGCGAACGGGCGGGAGGCGGUGGUCAGGCGGCUCCCAAAGGCAAAAGGUAUUGAUUGUAACUCCAAGGACCCCAGAGCGUUGACAGCGUUGUCGCUCGCAGCAGAUAAUGGACAUGAGAACGUGGUCAGUCUGCUACUGAAGGCUGAUGGGAUUAACAUUACGUCAAGAGAUUCUCAAGGAUCUACAGCGCUCAAGAUUGCGAUCGCAAGAGGGCAUUACUCACUGACCGAGUCAAUGUUGGCGAAUGUCGAUAUUUCUCUGAGGUCGACCGAUACCUACAGUCAGACGGCAUUGUUGUGGGCUAUCGAUUUUGGGAGACUUGAAGCGGUCAAGUUUCUUGUUUCUCAGGGC